CGCGUGUUAUGAAUAUCCAGCUCUAUACAACAUUUGCCUGCUUGCUGUUGGCCAUUGGCACACUAGCUUCGCCAGCUGAUGUCGCUCCAGAGGCUACCAACCUCAAGAAGCCUGGAAAGUGUCCGGUCCCCACCAAGUGCUACAAGGACACCAUUUCACCACCAUGUCUACCAGGUAGAAUGUGCAGUAUGGUGGUGCAGGAAGUUGUCGCGUGCCAAUGGAGCUGUGGUCAGACGCCCCCAGUAGGAUGCACAGAACGUUGCCAGCCAUGUAUGGAAACUUAAGAAUCAGGCUGCCGACUAUUCCUGCGCACACUUGGCUAAAUUGUAGAAAGCCGACGACUGUGAGACCUGUGCUGGCAGUGUGCAGUUCCUUGCGUUUAUUUUCCUGAUUUUAAUGCACAUGGCCAGCCCAGUGCCGAGAUUUUCCUUCCCUAUUACCUGCACAAUCUCUGGGAUAAACGGAAACUGUGAUUUACAUAUUAUGUGCAGGAUGCCCUUGUGGAUGGGAUGAAAGUGCAAUCCGGGACAGUUUUUGUGAAGGAUGUGGGAUAG